ACUGAGCGGCCAGUGUCGCCCGGGCCCUCGCUGGCCCUGCAAGCUCACGGGGAGUCGUACAGCACCCACUUGUCCGGCCUGAGGAGCAGCGCCUCUUGCAAGACGCAAGAUGGCGCCCAGUUUUGGCGGUGGGAUGGACAUCCGCUCCCUCCUGGCCACUGUGGUCAACCUGAUCAAGAGCAGAGCUAACCAGGUCUGCACAGCCACGUGUGACGGCCUCGUCCUCAGAAUGCACUACCGCUGGACCUUCUGCUUCCACUUGGGACAGUUCCUCUCUGUUUGGUACUCUUGGUACUAUCGGUCCGUUAUCACCUGCGUGUCCCACUUCAACGCAGAGACGCAGAUCCGCCUCGACUACAUGAACAUCUGCCUCUCCUACCCCUACGUCGACGACAACGGCACCCGACGCUACCUCCUCUACUACCGCUGGGUAUCCUGGUCUUUUCUCCUACUGGCGGCCGUUUAUUAUAUCCCACGCAAGGCCUCCAAGAUACUGGACAACACGAGGUGCAAAAAGCUCAUAGAGGACUUGGCCAGCCAGGCCCCACGCUACGACCUGACGGAGCGGGAGCUGGUGGAGAGGGCUGCCAGGUACAUAUUCUACAACCUCAGGACUCAUGACGGUCUCUACUGGAAGUAUCUCUCGGUCAACGUCUUGGCGUUAAUGGUGGAUAUUUUCUCAAUAUUUUUUGUCGACUUUAUCCUCCAAGGGCGAUUUAUCAAGUACGGUUUCAUGUCUUAUCCGUUCGAGAGAGAUCCGUGGAAGUUCACGGACUACAUGUCGCAGACAUUCCCGCCCUUCGCGUCCUGCGAGCUCACUCCGACCAAUAAACUUGUAAAUAAGCGCAAUGAGAAGUUUGGUUGCCACCUCACCAUCAUGGAGCUCUACGAAAAGGUGUUCCUGGGGCUGUGGUUGUGGUUGAUCGUUCUGACCUUCGUCACUUGCUGCUACAUUGUCUACCUUGUUCUAAUGUGGGUUCCCUGUGUGCAGGUGUAUAUCCUGCGCACCGCUAAGCCCGCGCACGCUAACGAUAGAGUGCGCCAGCUUGUGCAAAGCGUCGCACGCAACUGCAAGAUCGGCGAUAUUUACCUCUUAUACCGCCUUCGGCAGCACCUAAGCCACGCUAGAUUCUACGAGCUCAUGACCAGACUCUCGGAACCCAACCUGCUGGAGAUGAUGACGUCUCCGCAGGCCGGGGGGCCGUCAGACACGAGGGGAAAGCUGACGCCAAUCAGCCAGGCUGACAGCAUGAGAGGCAGGCGGCCCCAAGACCCAGGCAUGAACCCGAAAUACCUCCACCAGCUGCUAGACAACUCGGACAUGAUGACCAGACACCCACAUCACCCUUACCAGCGCCACCCGCGCUUGAAAAACACCAACAUCUUCAUCGAAUAGUGUUCAAAGACGGUGGUCACAUGCCUCUCUGGUGUUCCACUUGCAUGUGGUGUGUCUUAACACAUUAGUUGUAUUUUGUAUAACGAGUUUUAUUAAAAAAAAAAUUAUGAUAAUU